AUGGAGCCGGUCCGGGCUCGAUCUCACUGCGCAUCUGGUGCUGCGCUUCCCGCGCUGUCCGCGAGGCUGCUCCACGAGCUAAGCCCUAUUAGCACCGUCUACUACGCAACUGGUGCCUCGCGCACACAGCGCGCUCUGCCCGGUGGACACGCAGGGAAAAGCUUAAUCCUCACAUGCGACAACUGGCCUUCAAACGCGCGGAGGUUUCAUCAAGCCUCGAGGCAAAACAAUCGAAUUACUUAAUUUACUCAUGGACAUGAGGGCCUUGAGAACCUUAUAUUUAAAAAUCAUCCAUUAAACCUUGUAUAAUGUGUGCGUUUCAUGAUCUUGUUUUGUGGUUGUAAAUUCUCAUUUGGAUUAUAUAAUUUAGAAGAGAUGUAGGAUAAUAUUGUUGAGAUGAGAGAGUGUUGUGGUGGUUAUUCAGCGAUAGGCCUGAGACCUGCAGGAACAGAUGGAGAAAUAGUUUCCUAAUUCAAGACUAAGACUCAAUAUCGGCGUCUAACUGGCCUGCCUGUCUGUCUGUCUGUCUGUCUGUCUGUCUGUCUGUCUGUAUAAGCGUCUCUGGUGACUGGUUAUUAUAAUGACACAGUCUGCACUCUGCACAUUAAUAUCACAUCGUUACAGUUUAAACCACAACCGGUUGUUUCAGUUAAACAUUGAUUAACAUUUCCACGUGCCUGUUGGGCUGCCGGUUUUGGUAGUGGAGUGGGCGGAUGGGCUUAGGGUCUGGCCGCUCCCGGAGUAAUUGCGAUAAUUUGGGUUAAAUAAUUAGGCUUGAGGCUUUAAAACACUUUAAAAGCACCAUCGUGCCCUCACGUUGACUCACUUUCUCUUCUCUCUCCCUCCAUCCCUCCCUCUCUCUCUCAGUGUGUGUGUGUGUGUCUGAAUGUGUUAUAUCUGACAGACUGCUAGAGUAGUUCAGUACUGAGGCAGACAGAGAGAGCUGCAGGGCCUGACCGGAAGCACAGACUUCUUCUGUCGUUUCACAUUUCUCUUUUCCUCUCUUCCCUCCCGAGCCGGCAGGCCCUCACUCUCAAUCUCUCUCUCUCUCUCUCUCUCUCUCUCUCUCUCUCUCUCUCUCUCUCUCUCUCUCUCUCUCUCUCUCUCUCUACCAGCCCGUUACCCGUCUAACCGGCUCAGGACCACCCUGUGGGCAGGCGCACAGGUGAGCGCGGGUGGUUGAGCUCAUCAUAGUGACCACCGUGUCUCACGCUGAUUUCCCGUUCCUAGCCAGUGUCGCCAGCUGACCUCCGUGCAAGCCCCAGCCUGUCACACAAUGGAGUCAGAGUCUUGUAGCGGUCUGCUCGAGGGCAACAUGGCAGAGGACACUUCCCCUCAACGCGUGAGCCGGGGUUGAAGAUGCUCGAUCCAAACCAACAAAAGAGAAGAGACGAGUUGGUAUCUCCGUUUCCCUCACGAGCUGCAACCUUAUGGCCCUUCUGCAUGAGCGCAGAGCACAAACAAACACACAAAAACUUAUCCUGGUAAUAUCACAAAGCCUCAACAAUUUACUGUGAAAUGCCGUUUUGUUAGCCUAUAAAUGUACGUUAUAAAUGUCCAUGUUCCAUUUAUGACAUAAAAGAAAAGCUACGAGGUUUAUUUCUCAAAGAAAAUCCAGUGCUGUUAGCAGAAAUUAUCUCCUGAUUAUUGUCAUUAUUUCUCUCCAGGAAAUGAUCUUCUUUCCUGGUAUACACUCAUUGCAUAGCCGAUUGUCCCUUAUUUCCAAAUACAUCUGGAGCAGACAUUACUGUUUAAUAUGGAGUCUAUUUGAUUUAAAAACAAGGACAAUUUAAAAUAAUAGUAAUAAAGGCAAUAAAUAAGUAUAUAAUAAUAUAUCAUAUUGAUAUUAAUUACACAACAACAAUAACGAUAGUAAUACAAAUAAAACAAUAAUAAUCAUAUUGGUAAUAGUAAUAAUAAAAUGCUUAAUAGAGAUUCGUUGACGGUGCACGGCAAUCAAGUGCUCUGUUUGAAAAAACUAAAUAGCCUAUAUAAAAUGACAUUUAGUUUAAUAGAUCAGAAAAAAAUAUUCUUAAAACGAAGAUACAUGUUUAUUUCAUAAAGAUUGCCUAAAUAAACCAGGGGAUGUUUUGAAAUCAACUUACAUUUAGUUGAAAAUCCGAUUAGUUUUGUAAUAGCCAUGUGGGUAAAACGAAGAAAGCAAACCGUCUGAAAAUACAAAGGAGCAAAAAUAAAAUGUCCACAAAAAUGGUAAAACAUUUUGAAAGUGUCGGUUCCUUAUUAGGGAAGAUACAAUAUUUAUUCCUUGUCUCCUGGGAUGGAAGCAGCUAGCUCGUCUAUUGUCCUCCAUCCAUUCCUCAGUGCUGAUGCUUAUUUUUCUAACUAUAUUAUCAGGGGACCACCGACGACAUCACAACAGAAAUACCCUGCAAGUACAAAAUCCGUGCGCCAGCCGGUGUGAUGGUACAGAGGGAAACGCUCGCGUUCCACCAUCUAUAGGGCGGCUCCGUGCAGGGACUUUUUCAAUUUCUCUCGGUUU